CUGCUUGGCCGGCCGCCGGAGCCGGUCCGAAGGACAGACGGUUGGGCGACGGUGUCUGGGGAGGCUAGCGGUGAAUCCCAAGGCUGCGUGAGGGCACCCUCCCAUCCUAGCCCCUGGACUCCCCUCUCCUCCCCGGCUGGGAGCUGCAGACAUGAGCAAGGAUGCCUUUGACCUCCAGACCCUGCCUCCAAAGGACAACGACUCGGAAGAGGAAGACGCCGGUGCGGUGCAUGGGGAGGCCACGCCGCCUGGACCCUCAGCGGAUUCCCUCGCCAGUCUGGGAGAAGCCCGGAGCUCCGAGGCCAUGAGGGUGAACGAGAAGUACUCCUCGCUGCCUGCCGCGGCCGACAGGGGCGUGCACAUUAUCAACAUCCGCGCCAUUGACGACCUAGGCUACCUGCACUCCGAGGGCACGCUGCUGAACUCACUGGCCGUGAACCCAGAUGCGGACUGCAAGUAUGGCCUCUAUUUUCGCGAUGGCCAGAGGAAGGUGGACUACAUCCUGGUGUACAACUACAAGAGGACUGCGGGCCACAACAUCCUGGCUCGAGUUCUCCAUGUCGAUCCCUCACCGGGGGUCCAGAGCCUCAAGCACGAGCCUCUGCCUGGCAAGGAUGGGCCCCUGGAAGGAGGUGAGAUCGACCAUUAUGAAGAUGACAAGAGAUCCCGGAGGGAAGAGUAUGAGAGCAACCUCCUGGAGGCCGGGCUUGAGCUGGAGAGAGAUGAGGAUACUAAAAUACACGGAAUUGGAUUUGUGAAAAUCCAUGCCCCCUGGAACGUUCUGUGCCGAGAGGCUGAAUUUCUGAAACUCAAAAUGCCCACCAAGAAGAUGUACCAGAUUAACCAGAGCCGGGGCCUCCUCACAAAAAUUAACAACGUCCUCCAGAAAAUAACGGAACCCAUCCAACCUCGAGUGGGAGACCAGAAAUCCCAGACUGUGAAGAGAUUGUCUUUCGCCUUCUCCAGGGAAAAGCAGCACCUGUUUGACCUGACCGAUAAGGAUUCCUUUUUUGACAGCAAGACUCGAAGCACCAUAGUCUACGAGAUCUUGAAGAGAACAACUUGUUCCAAAGCCAGCAUGGGGCAAGGAGAGGGAAGAAAGAAGGAUUCUGCUCUUUUAAAUAAAAGGAGGAAAUGUGGCCAAUAUGGAAUCACCAGCCUCCUGGCCAAUGGAGUGUAUAGCGCAGCCUACCCCCUGCACGAUGGUGACUUUGAAGGAGAUGUUGAGUUAAAUGACAGAAAAGUUCUGUGUGAGGAGUGGGCCACCUAUGGGGCCUUCUACAAGUUUCAGCCAAUUGACCUGAUCAGGAAGUAUUUUGGUGAGAAGGUUGGCCUGUAUUUUGCCUGGCUGGGCGUGUACACCCAGAUGCUCAUUCCAGCUUCCGUAGUUGGGAUCAUCGUAUUCCUGUACGGAUGUCUCACGGUUGAUGAAAACAUACCCAGCAUGGAGAUGUGUGACCGACGUAACAACAUCACCAUGUGCCCCCUUUGUGACCGGACGUGCAGCUACUGGAAACUGAGCUCAGCCUGUGCCACAGCUCGUGCCAGCCACUUCUUUGACAACCCGGCCACGGUCUUCUUCUCCGUCUUCAUGGCCUUGUGGGCUGCCAUGUUUAUGGAACAUUGGAAGAGAAAACAGAUGCGGCUCAACUACAAAUGGGAUCUGACUGGGUUCGAGGAGGAGGAGGAGACCAUCAAGGCUCAUCCAAGGGCGGAAUACGAGGCCAAGGUUUUGCAGAAAUCCCUUCGGAAGGAUUCCCGACACAAGGAGCCUGGACGUUUGCCGGAGGAGACAACAAACAAAUGGAGAAAAACAAUUGAUAAGGAGAAAUUGACGUGGAAGGACCGACUUCCAGCCUACCUGACCAACUUUGUCAGCUUCAUCUUUAUGAUCGGGCUGACGUUUGCCAUCGUAUUUGGAGUCAUCAUCUACAGGAUCUCCACCGCUGCUGCUUUGGCCAUCAACUCCUCCCCCUCCGGCCGGUCAAACGUGCGGGUCACUGUCACAGCCACAGCGGUCAUCAUUAACCUGGUGGUCAUCAUUAUCUUAGAUGAACUCUACGGAUCCAUAGCACGAUGGCUGACCCAGAUUGAGGUUCCUAAGACAGACAAGAACUUUGAGGAGCGGCUGAUCUUCAAGGCCUUCCUGCUGAAGUUUGUGAAUGCUUAUACCCCCAUCUUUUACGUGGCUUUCUUCAAGGGCCGGUUUGUUGGACGCCCGGGUGACUACGUCUACAUCUUUCACUCCUUCCGCAUGGAAGAGUGUGCACCUGGUGGCUGCCUCAUGGAGCUCUGCAUCCAGCUUAGCAUUAUCAUGUUGGGCAAGCAGCUGAUUCAGAACAACCUGUUUGAGAUUGGCAUCCCAAAAAUGAAGAAAUUUUUCCGCUACUUAAAACAGCGGCCAAUUGACCAUGAAGAGUCUGCCAAGAAGAAGCAGCGCUAUGAGGUGGAUUACAACCUGGAGCCCUUCGCUGGCCUGACGCCAGAGUACAUGGAAAUGAUAAUCCAGUUUGGGUUUGUCACCCUGUUUGUCGCCUCCUUCCCGCUGGCUCCUCUCUUUGCCCUGCUGAACAACAUCAUAGAAAUCCGCCUGGAUGCCAAGAAGUUUGUCACUGAGCUCCGGAGACCUGUGGCCGUCAGAGCGAAAGACAUAGGCAUCUGGUACAAUAUUCUGCGAGGCAUCGGGAAGCUGGCCGUUAUCAUCAAUGCGUUCGUGAUCUCCUUCACCUCAGACUUCAUCCCUCGACUUGUGUACCGCUACAUGUACAGCACCGACGGCACUAUGCACGGCUUCGUGAACCACACACUCUCCUACUUCAACGUCAGUGACUUCCAAGUGGGGACAGCUCCCAAUGACCCCAUGGACCUGGGCUAUGAGGUGCAGGUGUGCAGGUACAAAGACUACCGAGAGCCUCCUUGGUCGGAAAACAAGUACGAGAUAUCCAAGGACUUCUGGGCCGUCCUGGCUGCCCGCCUGGCCUUUGUCAUCGUCUUCCAGAACCUGGUCAUGUUCAUGAGUGACUUCGUAGACUGGAUCAUCCCUGACAUUCCCAAGGACAUCAGCCAGCAGAUUCACAAGGAGAAGACCCUCCUGGUGGAACUCUUCAUGAAGGAAGAGCAGGGCAAGCAGCAGAUGUUAGAGACCUUGAAGGAGAAGGAGAGUCUCCAGAGUGACAACUGUAAUAACCACAGCCCCCGCUUCGCCAAGACCCACCGAGGCAGCGCAGCGUCCAGACGCUCCUACCACGUGGCCAUUUAGCGGGAGGGAGGCCCAGACUUGCAGAGCCCUAGGGCAUGCCAGGGAGAGCCGCUCUGCCCGCAGUGCAGUCCAAUUCGUGGACAGCCUGGCGCGAGGUCCAGGGUGAGCCGACGCCACUGGUGCCUGUGCUGGGGAGACAUUCUCUUCUUGCAGAAACAGAGGACCACAUCCUGAGGGGACACUUUUUUCCUUUUUCCUUUCUUUCUUUCUUUCUUUUUUUUUUUUUGCACAAACUGUAAUGCAGGGAAUCUCUCUCUCUCUCUCUCUCUCUCUCUCUCUCUCUCUCUCUCUCUCUUUCUCUCUCUCUCUCUCUCUCUCUCUCUCUCUCUCUCUCUCUCAAUUCAAGGUUAAUUAAAAAAAAAUGAUGGUUAUUCCCAUAGGGUCAGUGCAGGUACUUACUAGAAACCGUUCUGAAGACUCAGUGGUGUCUUUUCUGCUGAAAGGGAACAAGGGUCACCAGAGGAAAAAACCUUUUUAACUUUUCCAAUGCCUUAACGUGUAGACAAAGCAGUUUUCCUGGAUGCAAGGCCUGAGCUCCUAGCAGCAGAGGGAGCUGCUGAGUCACAACCUAAGUUUAGAGAUGGGUUUUCAGAAGAAGCUGCCAGAGCAGGGGAAGGGGCUCCCUUUCUUACCCAGACAUGUUCUCAUUCUCAAUACUGGGCCUUCCAAGGUUCCAUCCAGAAAGCCACGCCCCAAGCAGCCCAGGGAGCUGGGGAUUGGAGUCUGGUCUUCGGGGUCCCACAUGCGGUGCAUGCUGGGAGGAGCCGAGUGUGGCUUGCCCAUCCAUCCUCCUCCUGCCAUUCCCCUAUCCUCCCAACCCCAGACCUUUGUCAAACCCCAGGCUGUUCUUCAUUUUACCUUUGGUUCAGAUAAAACCGAACUGGCAAAGGCCGAAUAGAAGCGAGGUGUCCUGCGGGGUAUUUUUAGAGGCUGUUUUAGGUUUUAAAUAGAAGUCUUACUGACUCACUCCAGAGGAGACAGUCUCUGCUUCACCAUAUUUAUUGGUUUGAAAAAUAAAUUAUGGGGUGAGAUUGAUUUUUUUCCUGCAGUUGGCCUAAAAUGUACCAGAGGUAGAUGGAGUUUAUUAUGUUAACCAAAUAUCUCUGAAACACAUUUAAAAGAUUGUUCCUACCAAAGAUUUUUAUUAAUAAAGGGCUUAUAUUUUGGUAACAUGCUCUUCUAUCUUUACUACAGAAGUUCACUGUUGGCCAACAAUCAUUACAAGGCUUAUAAACACACACACAUUCCUUGCAUGAAAUACACACACACACACACACACACACACACACACACAGAAAUUCUCCUAUUGACAGGAGUCUUCUCCAGUCCACAAGGCCGUGGCUCUGAGAUUUCCAAAGGCUGGACCCUCUCCAAGAGAAUAAUGAAUGUAAUGUCAUCACUCAUCCUCCCCCUUCCUGUGUUGUGGUGAGCAAUAGGAAGUCUCGGCCACGACACCAAGGGCUCUGAUACUUUCAUAAUUUUCUGAAAUUGUACAAACAGAUGCUGUAUUUUCUCUUGUACAGGAAGUUGUUUGAA